AUGUGCGCCGGAUCGAAGCCGUCGGCGCGCUACGACUGCAUCCUGCCGCUGCGGCUGCUGCUCCUGCGCGACCAGCCGCGCAUCUGGGAUAAGCUGACGCGGCUAGAGACGCAUGUGGAGCAGCGGCGCGACACUGCGAUCUACCGCGACAACCAGUGCCACGUGGUGGACUACCUGCGCCAGCGGUGCGCCGUCGACGCCGACGAGGAGCUGCUGCACAGGCUCUGCGGCGUGCUCGACGUCAACGCCUUUUCGCUGCGGCCGAAGCCUGGCUUCGGACGGCGCCGCGGCCUGUUCGCACGCACCUCGCUGCUAAACCACUCAUGCGUCUCCAACACACAGCUGAGCCUGGACGGCGAGGUGAUGCAGUACUUCCAGUGCGGGUGCGAGCGCUGCCGCGACCCCAGCGAGCUGGAGACCCACUUCGGCAGCCACCGCUGCGGCAGCUGCCGCGAGCUGGUGAUGUCCACGGACCCGCUGUCGCCGGACGCCGUCUGGCGCUGCUCCGGCUGCGGCCGCGAGCAGCCCGCCUCCGAGGUGCGCCAGCUGAACGCGCGCCUGCAGGCCGAGCGCCAGGGCCUGGCCGAGGGCAGCCUGCACCACGCCGUGGUGACGCUCGCGCAGCGCCGGUUCGCGGAGAGCAAGAUAUCACCUACCCGGCUGCUCGAGAGUCUCGAGGAGGGCGGCCGCUUCGUGGCGGAGGCGAUCAGCCUGCUGCGCCACGAGCCCGCGUCGACGCCUGAGGGUGGAGCCAUGAUGCAGAUGGCGCGCGACACGCUGCAGGGCUGCUUCGAGAUGGCAGAACUGGUGCGCAGCUCCAUCGGAAACUUUACGGCGGCGGAGUGA